AUGACCACGGAACCAACUAUGGCCGCCAAGUGCACGGCGGAGUUCGUGGGCACCUUCCUUCUGAUCUUCACUGUGGGCUGCAACGUGCUGGGCGGUUCCGCCACCUGGGCUGGAGUGUCCAUCGCCUUCGUUCUGAUGGUGUGCAUCUACGCGCUGGGUGGCAUCUCGGGCGCCAACUUCAACCCGGCUGUGUCGGUGACGCUGGGCAUCUCUCGUGCCAUGGGUGGCCCGGGCUUGGACUGGAAGACCGUCGGCAUCUAUGCUGGUGUGCAGACGGCUGCAGGCAUCGCGGCCGCCAUCUGCUACUCUUUGCUCUUCGGGCAAAGCUUCAACUUGGCCCCAGCCAAGGGCUUCUCCUGGUACCACGCUGGUCUCUGCGAGCUCCUCUACACCUUCAUGCUCACCUUCGUGGUCAUGAAUGUCGCUGCUGCCAAGAAGAAUGUGGGGGAGAAGAACCAGUACUAUGGAAUGGCCAUCGCCUUCACCGUGGUGGCAGGCGCCUAUGGUGCCGGUGCCGUCUCUGGUGGCUGCUUCAACCCUGCGGUGGCUUUGGGCAUCGAUGUGUCCAGUGCAGGACGCGGCUUCGGCUGGUCCAUCGCCUACGUGAUCUUCGAGCUGCUUGGCGCCGCCAUGGCGGCUGCCCUCUUCAAGGUGGUGCGCCCGGAAGAUUUCGGUGGUGAGAAGAGCCAGGUGACCGAGCUGGUGAGCGAGUUCUUGGGCACUUACAUGCUGGUUCUGACUGUGGGCCUCAACGUGCUUGGCAGCUCCAAGGCAGCCGCCUUCUCCAUUGCCGCUGGCCUCACCUCCAUGAUCUAUGCCUUGGGCGAUGUCUCCGGCGCCCACUUCAACCCGGCCGUCACCGUCGCAAUCCUUGCCUCGGGCCGCUGCCCCGAGCUGACCCCUGCCAAGGCCGGGACGUAUGCAGGAGUUCAGAUUGCGGGAGGCAUCGCGGCGGCGCUGACCUACGCCUUCAUCUACCAGGGUGCUACCUUUGGCCUGGGACCCGUUGGCUCCAGCACCUGGGCAGGCGUGUCCGUGGCAGAGAUCGUCUACACCUUCGUGCUCUGCUUCGUGGUGCUUUGCGUCGCCGUCUCCGAGCGCACCAAGGCUUCCCACCUCUUCGGUCUCGCCAUCGGCUCCUGCGUCACCGUCGGCGGCUUCGCCAUUGGCGGCAUCUCCGGCGGAUCCCUCAACCCGGCCGUGUCGUUCGGCAUUGCCACCUCCCACAUCUUGAACGGCGGACGCUUCUACCAGGCCCUUCUGUACACCCUCUUGGAGCUUGCCGGAGCGACGGCUGCUGCGGGUGUCUUCAAGGUUACUCACGAGGUGGAGAUGGACCCAGCCGCCGGGAAGGACGAGAAAGCGGCAGCCAUGACCACGGAACCAACUAUGGUCGCCAAGUGCACGGCGGAGUUCGUGGGCACCUUCCUCCUGAUCUUCACUGUGGGCUGCAACGUGCUGGGCGGUUCCGCCACCUGGGCUGGAGUGUCCAUCGCCUUCGUUCUGAUGGUGUGCAUCUACGCGCUGGGCGGCAUCUCGGGCGCCAACUUCAACCCGGCUGUGUCGGUGACGCUGGGCAUCUCUCGUGCCAUGGGUGGCCCGGGCUUGGACUGGAAGACCGUCGGCAUCUAUGCUGGUGUGCAGACGGCUGCAGGCAUUGCGGCCGCCAUCUGCUACUCUUUGCUCUUCGGGCAAAGCUUCAACUUGGCCCCAGCCAAGGGCUUCUCCUGGUACCACGCUGGUCUCUGCGAGCUCCUCUACACCUUCAUGCUCACCUUCGUGGUCAUGAAUGUCGCUGCUGCCAAGAAGAAUGUGGGGGAGAAGAACCAGUACUAUGGAAUGGCCAUCGCCUUCACCGUGGUGGCAGGCGCCUAUGGUGCCGGUGCCGUCUCUGGUGGCUGCUUCAACCCUGCUGUGGCUUUGGGCAUCGAUGUGUCCAGUGCAGGACGCGGCUUCGGCUGGUCCAUCGCCUACGUGAUCUUCGAGCUGCUUGGCGCCGCCAUGGCGGCUGCCCUCUUCAAGGUGGUGCGCCCGGAAGAUUUCGGUGGUGAGAAGAGCCAGGUGACCGAGCUGGUGAGCGAGUUCUUGGGCACUUACAUGCUGGUUCUGACUGUGGGCCUCAACGUGCUUGGCAGCUCCAAGGCAGCCGCCUUCUCCAUUGCCGCUGGCCUCACCUCCAUGAUCUAUGCCUUGGGCGAUGUCUCCGGCGCCCACUUCAACCCGGCCGUCACCGUCGCAAUCCUUGCCUCGGGCCGCUGCCCCGAGCUGACCCCUGCCAAGGCCGGGACGUAUGCAGGAGUUCAGAUUGCGGGAGGCAUCGCGGCGGCGCUGACCUACGCCUUCAUCUACCAGGGUGCUACCUUUGGCCUGGGACCCGUUGGCUCCAGCACCUGGGCAGGCGUGUCCGUGGCAGAGAUCGUCUACACCUUCGUGCUCUGCUUCGUGGUGCUUUGCGUCGCCGUCUCCGAGCGCACCAAGGCUUCCCACCUCUUCGGUCUCGCCAUCGGCUCCUGCGUCACCGUCGGCGGCUUCGCCAUUGGCGGCAUCUCCGGCGGAUCCCUCAACCCGGCCGUGUCGUUUGGCAUUGCCGCGGCUAACAUCCUCAACGGUGGCGUGUUCUACAAGGCUUUCAUCUACUCUGCCCUCGAGCUGAUUGGUGCGGCGGCAGCUGCUGGCGUCUUUAUGGUCACCCAUGAGGUUGAGACCGCCGUGGCCGAGAAGAAGGAAGUGGACGCCUGA